AUGGUUCAUCAUACUCGUCUCCAAAAUGAUGUUGGAGCUGCACAGUCCAGUGAAUCUCCUCCAUGUGAAUUAGCAAGACUCAACUCUAAAGAAGAGUGUCAGAAAGAUGAUAAAACCGAAAAUGAACACGGUCUUAUUAAUUCUGCUAGAAGUCAAGAUUCAGGGAUUAGAACCGAAAAUGAACACGGUCUUGCGGUGGCUAGUUCUGUUAUGAGUCAAGUUUCAGAUAUUCAACCAUCUGUUGCCAUAAGAUUGCCUGCAGGAUUUGAUGAUUGCAGAAAGGAAACCGAGGAGGCUUUGAUGCAAACUAGUGCUAGUUCUGUCCAAGAACAGAAAGAGAUUCUUCAACAACUUAGUGGAAAAUCAGUUGAAGAAAGCUGUAUCAUUGUGGAUAGAGACGAAUUGCAUUGUGUUUUUCCUGACAGGAAGGAGAAUGACAAACACAAACCUUACCAGAAUAUCCGAGACGGUAUAUCAUCAAGAAUGAAGCAAAACAGAGAAAAAGCAUACAAACAUCUUGCGCUACAAUGGUACGCUGAAGAUGUCGUAAAUGGUAGAGAAUGUGGUGACAAUCCGAAACAGAUUGAGGAAAACCUAUCAUCAGAAGAAUCUGAAUGGGAGCUUCUGUAA